AUGUGCGAUGACGUCACCGUGCACGCGCGCGGCAACAUCACACGCAUGCGCGACGACGUUACGGCGGGGUGUCACCCGUUCUCCGUUUCAGGUGACACCCAGACUCGGGACGCCCCUGACUACAUGUCCACCUUUGUUCAUCUCCAUUACAUGAAUGAGUGCUGGUGGAUUGCAGACAGAUCUGUGUUUGAUGAGUUGGAGACAUACGGCAGCAGUAGUCCACGCCUAUUUGGCAAUACGUCACUGAAAGGAGGGGCUGCGGUGGAGUGCGGCUGCGUUCCGGUGUCGCUCUUGUCCCUGCGGUCGCUCAUAAUAACAGCAGCUCCAUCAUGUUGCUGUGCGGUGUCAGUGCCGGACCCUGCCAUAGUAUGGGGGGGCAGCGACAGCCAGGACACUGAUUGCAGAACACCAGGAAGCGGCACACGGCGGACGGAUUACCGCGGGCACCGCACAUCACCUUCUACCAGCCAUUGCUGGAGUACAGCACGGGAUCAUUAUCAUCUGAGCACCAGCUGGAGGGCUCUGCCUGGCCCGGCCUCCUUCCUUCUCCUGCCCGCAGAUAUGUGCCUAGCGGCAAUGAAAAUGCAUUCCUUGUUGGCAUCGGAUAUUCUCUUAUGAAAGUCAUCUAACGGUUGCAAUCUGAGGACGUGGCUUCAGCAUGGCUGGUUUCAAGAGAGGAUAUGAUGGGAAGAUCGCUGGACUUUAUGAUCUUGAUAAGACCUUGGGCCGAGGACAUUUUGCAGUUGUCAAACUUGCUCGUCAUGUCUUUACAGGUGAAAAGGUAGCCGUGAAAGUAAUCGACAAGACCAAAUUAGACUCCUUAGCUACUGGGCAUCUUUUUCA